AUGAACACCACCACCCGCAACCCACUCCUCAGGGGCCGGCCGCUCAAGCAGGCGAUACAGGAGUGCGAGGCGCGGUGGUUUCAGGAGACUCUUGUUGCCGCACAGGACGGGGAGCCCAAUCAGAUGGCGCUGCUAGGGCACAUGCUGAGCGUCGGGUAUGGCUGCUCCCCAUGCCAGUCAGAGGCCGACCACUGGUUUGAGGAAGCUUCCAAGCGGCUGGGCUACCACCCCUUGGAAGCCGGCCAGCAGCUGCUCGGCGGCGCCGCGGGCCCGGUGCCGGCCGCGGCGGGGCCGGCGGCGCAGGCGGGGCAGCAGCUACUCGGGGAGCAGCCGGAUGAGCGACAGCUGGCCGAUCAGCAGCAGCAGCAUCGGCGGCACGAAGCGAGCGCGUCGGCGCCCCCACAUCAGCACACGAACAAUCAGCAGCACCUCGGCUAUGGGCAGCAGCCGAUGCAAGUGGACGGCUCGCAGCAACAGCAGCAGCGGUGA